CUACUCUGACGCUCCCGACCACCUAACCGACUACCCUUUGAGCCUAUCCGUUGCUCGCUGCGACGCAAGCAUCAUUUUUGGCUCAAAUAGUCACUCAUUGCUACACUGGCAACCCCUAGUCUCUAGGUGAUUCUAGGUGAAGCUGCUAUUUUGGUGCCAUCGAGUGCGCAAGUUUCAGCUCAGCCAUUGAGAUGCAGUCGGAGAUUUUGGCAAGAAGGACACCGCGAAGUCAACGGUCUCAGACAAUUUGAAAGUACUAGUACGUAUACAAGGUAAGCUACCUGGUGUAUAUAAUGGUUAUUCCCUACCCCUGUCAACAGGAAGACCAGACCAGCUUCAAACACACUCGCUCGCUUCCAUCUUCAAGAAAAGCUUUCGUUUAUCCCCUUACACUCGCUCGCAAGACAAUCCUUCGUGCUGUCCCCACAUACGCAGGACACAAGACAAUACAACAAGAUGACCCUCAAGAACCUCCCCAUCGUCGCGGCCCUCAGCCUGGCCAGCAUCAGCACAACGGUCCUCGCGCAAGCACCCAUCACCAUCCAGGGCGGCACAUAUGACGGUCAAGCCAUCGCAGGCCAACACGUCGGCGCAGCACAGUCCUACCAAGUCGCCCUCUCCCAGCGCACCGGGUCAUCUCUGUCCGCCAGUGGCGAUGGCUUCACCUACAACCUCACCAGCAAGAUGUACAUGGACUGGAGCAUCGUGUCCGGACAGUCCCUGCCGUGCUAUAUCAUCGACGAAGAUAGCAUUGGUAACGGCACAGGCGGACCCUUGGAGUGCGGCGCCGCCACGAAUGCCAACUAUCCGAUCACGGCGACGCUGGACCCUCAAGGGAACGUGAAUUUCGAUGCUGUGGAGAGUUGGUGGGUGUGCAGUGUCAAUGCGACCAGUCCGUAUGGGAUGACCAAGGGCACUGUCGUUGGAGGGUUCACCAGUGCUAUGCCUGUGGGCGCGGGCAUUGCUGAUUGUGAGGCGAUUGAUGGGUUGAAGAUUGGUGGUGGUGGGAGUAGCAGCACAACCACUACGACCACGACCAAACCAGCUAGCUCAACGCCCGUGACCACCACCACCACCGGUACAAGCACGAAAUCGACGAAGACGGUGACCACGACGACGAGUGGUGCGUGGACCACGUCGGUCAGCACGCCUGCAUCUACAGCUGCAUCUUCGAGCUGGACACAGCCUUGGGGAUCGUCGUCGGCCAGCAUCAGCACCAGCACGGUGGUCGUACCAGCAACGACAGUUUCGACCACGACUCCCUCAGUGGCCUCGUCGACUGUGCCUGCGGUGGUCACCUACACUGGCGGCGCUUCGGCGUUGAAGGGCGUAUCAGGCCUGGGAAUGAUUGUUGCAGCUGGAGCCGCGAUGAUGAUCUAGAGUUGAGACUCUUUUUUUCUACUUAUAUCAUCAAACUAAUAGUUAAUUACUUCAAUGCGAUCAACGGCCUGACCAUGAAACAUCCAAAACAUCCAACUUCUUCUGCUUCUAAUCUGUUUUAACAUUUACUUGAGUUAGUGAGACAUUACGUCGCAUACCUUUAGUAAUGCCUUGAUGGGCCUAUCAAUACG